GUGAACUUUUAUUGUAGGUGUGAAAAUAGCUACUAAAUAAGACUGCUUUUAAUAAACGUGUAAAAUUUGCUGGUGAUAUCACUCAGCCUUGGCAUCAACAUGACUAGAUAAGGGAGAAAUUUGAAACAACUGUGUCGAACGUUCCAACGUCUACAGUGAAGAUGCCAAUUCCUUGGCAGUUCAUGCUCCUGUUUUGGAUGUGGAUUCCUCCUGGCAUUUUAUCCACUUUGAGCUUUGUUGGUUCACCACAGGAAUGUGAAAAGGCUCACUUUGUUCCUGGUUACAACCUGGGUGGAGAAGGCUUUGACAUUGUAACCAUGGAGAGGAAGGGAGCCUAUGUCAUUGACACCGAAACGUGGAACCUUGGAAAUGGCACUUGCAAGCUAUACAGAAACAGCUACAUGGCUGGAGAGAACCAGAAGAUCCCAGUUGCUGUGGUGGACUGGAGAAACCUCCCAAAGUGCACCAUGAAGGUCUCCAACACACUCUACGAUUCUGUUGAAUCUCUCAUCAAAGACUCCACAUCAUCUGUGUCCAACGAUUGGAAAAUUGGUCUUAAUGUCUCUUUAGAUGAUUCAGUAGCUGUUAGUCGCUGCUUUGGAGGAUCACACUCCAGGGUCUCUCAAUUCGGCAUGACAAAAUCCAAACAGGACCGCUACAACUUUGCCCGCCAAUCUGUUAAUUGUAACUUCUAUAGGUACAGAAUCAAAACAGAUCCUCCUUUGAGUCCUGACUUUCUAUCAGCUGUGAACUCCCUUCCCCCAUAUUCUUCUGCAAAUGUGUCACCGUAUCGCAGCUUGAUCAACAGUUUCGGCACUCAUUACAUCACACAGGUUUAUCUAGGAGGGGAAAUAACAGCAACAACAGCCUUUCAGACCUGCAAGGCAACAAUGAGUGGAUUAACAGCAACAGAAGUUAGCGACUGUUUGUGGACUGAAGCUUCACAAAACUUUGCUAAUGUUUCUGAUUCUACUGCCAUGAUGAAACACUGCCAAGCAAAGAAAAAGAAAAUGAACUCUAGUCAAAGUUUCAACUCACAAUUUAAUGAGCGUAUCACAGAGGUUAUUGGUGGAAAUGAAAUUGGAGUUGCACUUUUCCAAAAGGGUUCAGACUCUGCUGUCAAUGACAAAUGGUUAAACUCUCUUAAGAUCACACCUGAUGUAGUGCAGUAUAACUUAAAUCCACUGCACCUGAUACUCCCAAAGAACCAUCAUGCGAGAAAUGGACUUCAAAGAGAAGUGGAAAGGUACAUCUUGAAAAAUGUAGUGCUGAAAAAAUGUUCUGAAUCCUGUCCAAUUGGACACAGGUCCAGCAAGAGAGAUCCCUGUGAUUGUGUGUGUAACAGUAACCAGAAUAUCAAGUCAAACUGCUGUCCCGCAGGGAAAGGACUCGCAACAUUGAAGGUCUACAAACUUUAUGCAAAUAAUCUGUAUGGAGACAGGUGGACUGAGACAGAUGGUUCAGUGGAGGUUAAGUACGGUGACCAGAUAAAGCGCACCAAAAUAAUCAGUAAUAAUGACAAUCCUAGGUGGCCUGAAAAAUUUGAUUUUGGACCCAUUGUCAUCAAUAUGCAGAAUAAGCUUACAUUUUCUGUUUAUGACGAGGAUACAUAUUGGAACAGUGAUCGCCUUGGUGUGUGCUCCUUCGAUCUCCGUAAAGGGCUUGUGAAAGACACCUGCAUGUUUAAUCAUGGUACAUUCUUCUUUACUUACUUGGUGGAGUGUGCACCGAGCCUGGGUGGUAGCCGGUGUGAUGAGUACCUUCCCUCCCCAAUGAAUCCCUCUCUGGACAAAGUGUUUUACACCAGAAAUGGGGUUCUGCUCGGAGAUUUGAUGAAGUUUUGGAAGCCAGGCACUCUUUCAGCCUUAGGCCAAUUGUGAGAGGAUGUAAGGAGCACAGCAAAUGCAAUCGCUUGUAGUUUGUGCUGUUGUUUUCUUUAAAAAUUCUUUUUAAAUGCUAUCUGAUAAUCCUUGUUAUGUUUCUUUCAUAUCUGCAAAGCCUUGCAAUAAAGCAUC